GGCAGGGUCGCUGUGCGCGGGCGGAGGCGGGGUGGCUUGCCAUCUCCUCAGGCCGCCUCAGGAGGCAGGUCCCACAGGCGACCGGGCGAGCGAGGCCCGGGGCUCAGCGUCCCUGGGCCUUCAGCUUGCAGAGCAGCGUCGCCCCGCGCCCAGAGGCAUGGCGGGCGGACGCCGCGGCCUGCUGCGGACGGCGCUCCUGGUCGCCUGGGUGGCGGCGUUGGCGGCCGCCGAGCGCCCCGAACAGGCCCUGGUGCCGGCGGAGCCGAGCCGGGUGCAGCCCAUGACCGCUUCCAACUGGACGCUGGUGAUGGAGGGCGAGUGGAUGCUAAAAUUUUACGCCCCAUGGUGUCCAUCGUGCCAGCAGACUGAUUCUGAAUGGGAGACCUUUGCAAAGAAUGGUGAAACUCUUCAGAUCAGCGUUGGGAAGGUGGAUGUCAUUCAGGAACCAGGUUUGAGUGGCCGUUUCUUUGUCACCACUCUCCCAGCCUUUUUUCAUGCAAAAGAUGGGAUAUUCCGCCGUUACCGAGGCCCAGGAAUCUUUGAAGAUCUACAGAAUUACAUCUUGGAGAAGAAAUGGCAAUCAGUUGAACCUCUGACUGGCUGGAAGUCCCCAGCUUCUCUAACGAUGUCUGGAAUGGCUGGUCUUUUUAGCAUCUCUGGGAAGAUUUGGCAUCUUCACAACUAUUUCACAGUGACCCUUGGAAUUCCUGCUUGGUGUUCUUAUGUCUUCUUCAUCAUUGCCACUUUGGUUUUUGGGCUUUUGAUGGGUCUGGUUUUGGUGGUAAUAUCAGAAUGCUUCUACGUACCACUUCCAAGGAAUUUAUCUGAACAUUCUGAGCAGAAUCAGAGAUCAGAGGAGGCUCAAGGAGCUGAACAGUUGCAGGAUGCAGAAGAGGAAAAAGAUGAUUCAAAUGAAGAAGAGAAUAAGGACAGCCUUCUAGAUGAUGAAGAGGAGAAGGAAGACCUUGGGGAUGAGGAUGAAGCAGAGGAGGACGAGGAAGUGGACAAUGUGGCUGGUGGUGUGAAUGAGGAGAGGGGUGAUACCAGCGACCAGGGGCACCUGACAGAGGCCAGUGUGACCCAGGUGGAAGUGGAACCUGAGGAGACUGAAGCAGUCAGCCCUGAGCAGCCCUCCUCAGCUGACAUAGAGGUGGCCAAAGACUCCCUGAGGCAGCGCAAGAGUCAGCAGGCCAAUAAGGAACUGUAGAUUUCCUGACACUUUCAUCUGGUCUGCAGUUUAAACCAAAUCCUUACUAUCUCCCUGAAUAAGCAAGCUUCUUUCUUGAAAGAUGGCCAGUGUGAUAGUAAGCCUCAUGUAUCCUGUCCGAGGAGAAUCUUUCAGGCAUGACAAUCAGACAGAAAACCAGUGGUGUUAGGAUCUGUUUGGGGUCUUGGGAAAGUAGCAAAUUUAUUUAUCAGGCUCGAGUCUGCAGCCCCUCCCACGUUAGCACCUUCUAGAAACAAGGAGCCCCCACAGUGAAAGCAAAGCAGCUUCACUGAGCAUCCCUGAAGUGCGGCAGAGCUCUUACUUCCUUUCCACAUCAGACGUAUUCAUUUUCGUCAAUCUGUACAAAACAUCAGGCACCUCCGUGCAUGGACACUCUAACUGAAAGGGCAGGGCUCUGGGUAUAAAUUUAGGAAAGAGCUUGGAAGCCACCCAGUCUCUUGGGAUCACCUUUGUUAGGUUUUACUUUUUGCCUGCAUUUUUUCAGAUGUGUUACUAUGGCCUACAGAGUCCCACAGUCUUCACAGUUAAUCCUGUGAAGACUCAGCAAGACUGUGUGAGAGGACUCAGAUGGUAGCUGGGUCGAAACCACCACAUUCAUUCUGGCUGAAAGGUUUACAUGAGCCAUAACCAGAGCCCGUGACACUGAGUGCUGCGUGUCUCAAGUGAAGUGGGGUAACCUUCUGAGAUGCAGGAGGAAGUAGGAAUUUUAUAGAGUGGAUAACAAAGGUGUUUUGCCAACAUGCAAUAGAUUUAUUUUUCUUUCAAAAAAUUUCUUCAGUAAUUUUUUUUUUUUUAAGCCAGAAGUGCUCUGAGUCUUGCCAGUACAAGUUAGUUUUGUGAAGAAAAUGUGAAUGUUCUGUUGUUUUGUUUCUAUCUCAAGGUGUUCCCUAGCUUUUAAAACAGUUUAAUAAUAACUGAAAAAUCGUUUCUGGUUUUCCUUCAGUGAUGCGCUUUUGGUGAAAAACUUAAUGUAAGUCAGUAUUGGCAAGUGAAAGAAGACUUGAUUUUCUUUCCAUCUUCCCUAAUGUUCGAGAAAAUGAUAUCUUUGUGUGUCUCACUACUGAGUCUCCCAUUAGUACCCAGGGAGCCCAGUUUCUUUUACAAAUCCAUCCGUCUACUUCUCAGACCUGAUUUAUGUCUUAGAAUUCAUAAAACUAGAUUCCAAGCAUAUGAGAGAUGCCUGAAGUCAAUCCUUCACCCUUUGGGUGCAGACAGAAACAUGAGUACCGAUUUAUGAAAUUCAAAAAGUUUGUCAUCAUUAAAAAGGAGCUUGUGGUGCAUUUCUUUCUAGAUAUCCUGUGACUAUGGGCACAUCAAUGAGGGGGGAUCUGAAGCUCUGCCCUUUGCUGAAGCUGCUGCAAGUCUUGCUCAAUGGAGCUUCUCUGACAGUCAGAUCUCAGAGACUGUAUUUUCCAUCUUUCCCACCCAGUUAAUCCCCUCUUCUAGCACAGUGAAGGAGAAGCUAGGAGCUUCCAGGACUGUGCUUACAGAUGGCAUUGUGAACUAAACGUGAGGCCACUAAAGCACAGGGGAACGGGAGAGCCUUGACCUGUGCCCAUUUCCUGCCCCUCCUCUUGCUCCUGCCCCUGCAUCCUCCUCGCCCAGAGCACUGCACAGGCCUCUCUGGAUCAGCACUGAGCUGCGCUUGCCUUCUGUCAUUGCAUUUCUUACUCUCACAGUGAAUGGAAACAAAGUUUGAAAGAAUAGUGAGUUCAAGUUCAGGGUUAGAGAAUAUAGAAAGGUUUCAUAAUUUGGCUUUUUUAUAUAACAGCCCAUGCUCCAGUUUUUCAGUGGAAUAUUUGACUAGAGGGGAAGGCCUGCAGAAACAGAAUCUCCCUGUUGCUUAAACAGAUAAAGCCAGUUUCAGUUGUCCCCUAUGCUGUACCUCCUGUAGCAACAACAGAUUUGCAGUACUUCUAAAAGUUGGAAGGUGGGGAGAUGAGUAUCUUGGAGAAAAAGAUUCAGCAAAAGUUUAUCUGCUUAUGGGAAACCUUUUUUCCUGAUUUUUUUUCCUUUAAUAACAUCCUGGCAAAAAAAUUUUCCAACAAGUGACUGAAGUACAUAUCUAAUUUAAUUUUUUUCCAACUGAAGCCUUUAAGUUUGUUUUUAAUUCUUAAUGAAUAUAAAACUAAAUGGAAAAAAGUCAUUGGAAUAACUGAAAUUUAAAGCUAGCUCAGCACUUCAAUAGGGCAUUGAAUUUUUCCUGUUGAUAAUACAUGUAGGUGUCAAGUGCACAGAAACAUGAUUUUGCUUCAAAAAAUUAAAAACACAUGCUUCUAUUGCAUCACAGUCAUUUAAUUACAAUCAUGUAAUUAUAGAAUGCAUUUUAUAUAAAUUAAAAUUGGAUGAGUGAAACAAAAGUAAUGAUUGUGGAUGGGAGUGCACAGCACUUUAUGUGUGGGUAGUUGGAGAGGGUGACUUGUUAGUGACGGAAAGUAGCAUCAGAAAUACCUUUUUGUUGAUAUCUCUUGUUAUGGCUCUCUUGGUCUGCGGCCACACCAGUAUGCUCACCGCAACAGGACCCAGACAGCUCUUCUGCCUUUGGCUUUGAGGUGUAAUCCAUGAGUGACUAAGAACAGGGCCUGCUCAGCUCACAGGUUGUGUGCUACAUGGCUGCACUGACAGCCUCAUCUUGUGAAUAUGCUGGCUCUCUGUUUGCCAGAAAUAACCACUGGAGUAAAGGUAAGCAUGGGUGGCCACGUUGACUUUUGACAGUUGAGAAAGCCACAGUUUGACUUUUUAUGGCCGAAACUCCUUGUUAGCUCUGAUGUUGCUAUACUAUGUGAGGAUAUGUUAGUGUUCAGAACAGAUCCUGACAUACCUUCGGGGUAGAUGAUUAAAAACUGCUAUUUGAAGGAAGACUUACAUAGUACUUUCCAUUGGUAAGUCUUUUGGGUGUGAAUCUAGUACAGUACUUUAAGGAUAGAAAACAUUUAAGAGAAGAAAAGAUUGAAAAGAAGGGUAAACUUGAGAUUUUAGCAUGUGAUCUUUGGAGUAAAAUAAAAGAAAGGGAUUUGUGCUUUUGCUGCUGUGUCUCAGUAGAUAGUCUCUGUCCUUCAGCUUCAUGCUACAGUCUCCUGCCAGUAUUAUAGAUAUAUGGUAGACUUGUCCUGUCAGAAAUACCAACAUUUUGGGCAGUAUUCAUGUAAAUCUUUUGUGCCAACAAAAAGUUCCUUUUUGUGUAGUAUCUUUACCUCAGUCUUACAGUUUGAUCCUCUUGAGAAGCUUAUAGCUUGUCUUGCAGAAGCCAAGUAAUGGAGUCAUCAAGUCUGAGGAAACCUCACGGGGCAGUGUUUUAAACCCUGUUCCAAAGUAGGAGUUUCUGUUGAAAGCCUUUGAUAGCUUCAGCUAGGGAUGUGGCCUUCAGAUGACUUGUUCUCAGCCAGGUUUUAAGUAGACUGUGACAUUGUAUAUGUGUGACUUGUACAACUUUAACAUGUAUUUUGUGUAAUCACUUGUUACCAGACAGCUUCAUGGAAAUGCAAUUUUUAUACUAAAGAUAUUGCUUAUUUGUACUGUAAUAUGUUGUUAUUUAUAUUCCUUGUAAUCAUCUGGUUUAAUUAGCCCAGUGCAUUUAAAUUUUUUCUCUCUAUCCAUGUACUCUUUGCUUCCUCAAAUAACAUCUACAGCAAGUGAAAUGAGAAAUAUCAUUGGAAGCUGGACAUUACCUGAAUUUCACAUCUGAUCACAGAACUGUAUAUAAUUUUUGAUUCUAUAUGGUUUCAUUUUAUUGUAAGUUUCCAUUUUCAUCAAAGCAUAAUGACAGUAAUGACUAAGCAAAGACAAAAUGAUGUAUUGCUUUUCAUAUAAGUAUUUUCACAACCAUUUGGCUAGGCAGUUAAAAUAUUACUUUGUUAAAAAAUAUUUUUUCUCUGUA